AUGUGGAACAGACAUUCUGUCUUUUAUCUCCUGCUCUUGCCAGCUUUUAUGAGUCAAACAAUAUAUGGACAAAGAAAGAAAGGAUCAAAGUCCAAUUUACUUGCAAAGAAAAGUCAUCUCCAGGACUCUACUUGCUUCAUAGAUGUUGUCUUCAUCGUGGACAGCUCUGAAAGUUCUAAACUCUUUCUCUUUGACAAACAGAAGGAUUUUGUGGACAGUUUGAGUGACAGGGUUUUCCAGUUGACCCCAGCUGGCUCCUUGAAAUAUGACAUCAAACUGGCAGCCCUUCAGUUCAGCAGCUCUGUCCAAAUUGAUCCACCUUUUUCUUCUUGGAAGGAUCUACAGACUUUUCAACAGAGGGUCAAGUCUAUGAAUUUCAUUGGGCAAGGUACUUUCUCUUACUAUGCCAUCUCCAAUGCCACUCACCUGCUUAAGAGAGAAGGGCGUCAAGAUGGCGUGAAAGUGGCUUUGCUGAUGACUGAUGGCAUCGACCAUCCAAAGAAUCCAGAUGUUCGAAGUAUUUCUGAAGAUGCCAGAACUGCAGGAAUAUUAUUUAUCACCAUUGGACUGUCUCCUGUAGUCAAUGAAACCAAACUUCGUCUGAUAUCUGGGGAUUCACCCAAUGAACCCAUUCUACUGUUGAAUGAGUCAUCCCUUGUAGAUAAAAUUCAGGAUCGCCUGGAUGUCUUAUUUGAAAAGAAGUGUGAACGCAAGAUCUGUGAAUGUGAGAAGGGGGAUCCGGGCGACCCAGGGUCUCCUGGAACACAUGGAAACCCAGGUAUCAAAGGUGAGCGAGGACCAAAAGGAAACCCGGGCGAUGCUCAAAAAGGGGAACCUGGAGAAAGAGGCCCCGGGGGGGUUCCUGGGUACAAGGGUGAGAAGGGUGAACGUGGAGAAUGCGGUAAACCAGGAAUAAAAGGUGACAAAGGAUCCCCAGGGCCAAAUGGACCAAAGGGACCCAGAGGACUUCAGGGCAUCGGUGGACCUCCAGGAGAUCCAGGCCCGAAGGGAUUUCAAGGCAAUAAGGGUGAGCCUGGUCCUCCUGGUCCUUAUGGUCCUCCAGGAGCCCCUGGUAUUGGACAGCAAGGUAUUAAGGGGGAAAGAGGCCAGGAAGGAAGAAUUGGGGCUCCAGGACCAAUUGGUGUUGGUGAGCCGGGCCAGACAGGUCCCCGUGGGCCUGUGGGAGCCCCAGGAGAGAGGGGCUUACCAGGAGAAGGAUUUCCAGGACCCAAGGGUGAAAAAGGCUCUGAAGGACCAGUUGGUCCACAAGGAUUACAAGGCCUGUCAAUCAAAGGGGACAAGGGGGAUUUGGGACCUGUGGGACCUCAAGGACCAAUGGGCAUCCCUGGAAUUGGGAGUCAAGGGGAACAGGGAAUCCAAGGUCCUAUUGGUCCACCUGGUCCACAAGGGCCCCCAGGACAAGGCUUACCUGGUUCCAAGGGAGAAGUAGGCCAGAGAGGACUUACAGGUCCUAGAGGACCAGUGGGAAUUGGAGUACAAGGUCCAAAGGGGGAGCCAGGCUCAACAGGACUCCCGGGACAGCCAGGACUACCAGGAGAAGAUGGAGCUGCAGGGAAGAAGGGAGAAGCAGGGCUUCCAGGAAUAAGAGGCCCUGAAGGACCACCUGGAAAAGGACAACCUGGCCUCAAGGGUGAUGAAGGAAAAAAAGGGAGCAAAGGAAAUCAGGGACAGAGGGGAUUUCCGGGGCCUGAGGGGCCAAAGGGUGAUCCAGGUAUUAUGGGCCCUUUUGGGAUGCCUGGAACAUCAAUUCCUGGGCCACCUGGGCCAAAGGGAGACAGAGGAGGACCUGGGAUACCUGGAUUUAAAGGAGAACCUGGGAUUGCCAUUCGAGGACCAAAGGGUGCCCCAGGCCCUCAGGGACCAGCGGGCGCUCCAGGACUCAAAGGCGAUGGCUAUCCUGGUGUGCCUGGCCCUCGAGGAUUACCAGGACCCCCUGGACCAAUGGGCUUACGUGGAGUGGGAGACACUGGAGCAAAGGGAGAGCCUGGUGUCAGAGGCCUUCCAGGUCCCACUGGGCCUCGGGGCAUAGGAGCCCCAGGGCCAAAGGGUGAUAUUGGGCAGAAAGGUUUGCCUGGCCUUCCUGGCCCCCCUGGCUACGGAUUACAAGGUAUUAAAGGGGAGCAAGGACCUCAAGGCUUCCCGGGGCCAAAGGGCACGACAGGCCAUGGCCUCCCUGGUCAGAAGGGAGAGCAUGGAGAACGGGGCGACGUGGGAAAGAAAGGAGAUAAAGGGGAAAUUGGAGAUCCCGGAUCUGAAGGAAAACAGGGGUUACCAGGACCAAAAGGAGACCUAGGACUUACAAAAGAAGAAAUUAUCAAACUUAUUUUUGAAAUAUGUGGUUGUGGGCGUAAAUGCAAAGAGACUCCGCUAGAGCUGCUGUUUGUGAUUGACAGCUCAGAAAGCGUGGGGCCAGAGAACUUCCAGAUCAUCAAAAAUUUUGUGAAGACCCUGACUGACCGGGUUGCACUGGACCUCACCAAGGCCCGCAUUGGCAUCAUCAACUAUAGCCAUAAGGUGGAGGAGGUGGCCCAUUUGACGCAGUUCUCCAGCAAGGACGACCUGAAGCGGGCCGUGGAUGACAUGCAGUACCUGGGGGAAGGCACUUACACGGCCACAGCGCUUCAUGCCGCCAACCGCAUGUUUGAAGCAGCAAGGCCGGGUGUAAAGAAGGUGGCCUUGGUCAUCACUGAUGGGCAGACAGAUACCCGUGAUGAAAAGAAUCUGACCAAGGUGGUGAAGAAUGCCAGUGACACCAAAGUGGAGACAUUUGUGAUUGGGGUGGUGAAGAAAAAUGACCCCAACUUCGAGAUGUUCCACAAAGAAAUGAAUCUCAUUGCUACCGACCCGGAUAGUGAGCACGUUUACCAGUUUGAUGACUUCAUUACCCUUCAAGAUACCCUGAAGCAAAAAUUGUUUAAAAAGAGUUGUGAGGAUUUUGAGUCCUACAUCUCUCAAGUUUUGGGUUCCCCAUCGCUUCAACCCGGAUUGGGGAUAUCAGGGGAAGAACUCGGUGAAUCCACUCCAGAGCCCCAGGAAGAGAUUUCUGAGUCUGUCAGUGUCCCUGGAACCCAGGACAAAGAGAAUGAGCCUUCAGAGCCUACCUGGGCUGACAGCCUGGCCACCUCUCCUUCACCUGAGGCUGCCACCCGCCAGGGGCCAUUGCUCAGGCCCCCUGAACAUCAGACAGAAGAUCCUAGAUGUUUGGAACCUCUACAGCCAGGAAACUGUGGCGAAUAUGUGGUUCGAUGGUAUUAUGACAAACAGGUCAACUCCUGUGCCCGCUUUUGGUUCAGUGGCUGUAAUGGCUCAGGAAAUAGAUUCAACAGUGAAAAGGAAUGUCUGGAAACCUGCAUUCAAGGAUGAGCAAGUAAAUCAACCUCUACUGAGUCAAAUCUACGUCUCCAUCAACAAGCCUACAAAGAACCUCUAUAAUUUCAACAUUCACCCAAUACCAAUAAAACACCAUAUUUGAGCACAUACUGAGCAUUUACAAUUUAUAACCUUAGUCAAAUCCCACUGUAGGACAUAGAUAUUAUUAACUAUUUUUACAGAUGAAGAAGCUGAGAUUCUGAGAAGUUUAGGAACUUCUCAACAGUCACCCAACUAAAAAGUGGCAGAGCUAGGGGUCUGAUUCAGGGCUAUGUAACCUCAACACACAGAUUCUCCUUCACCACCUGCAAUGUGGUUCUGAUUGCUAUUCAUUCCUUUGCUGUGUACUACAUCAGAUUAAACUUUUGCCCUAGACCACCCCUACUCCCUCUGGACUCCUAGUCCUGCGCACUCACCUCAGUUCCCCAGCACCCCCACAGCCCUGCUGGUAGCAAGUUCGCUCGUAGGGAAGGAGUUGGUUGUAGGCAUUAGAAGUGAUGGGAGUAUGUUUUCAUGUAGACGAUGGUGAGAUAAGAAAGAUAUCUGCUUAGGGGAAACCCAGCAAGAUGGAGUGGUUCUGAGAGAUGAGAGGCACUGGGAUAGGAGCUGAGGUGGUGAGGAUAGUUAAGUUUUGCCUUACUUGCUCUGAAAGUGAUUAAGAAAUCUGAAUCAAAAUGACUUAAAUUUAUUAGUGACCAUCAUUCCUCACUCUUCCAACAUAAUUGGAAGAAAAGCCUUUAUUGUAUGUUUAAACUGUAUAUUUAAAAAUGAAAAUUGUAAUUUAGACAAAGGAAUUUUUUUCCAUCCCUCCUUUAAAAUGUACAGAUGCAACUUCAGUUUUAGCGGGGUGAGAUGGGAAGGCACUUGACAGCCAAGGACUACUUGAAGCCUACAUCCACUCUUGAGCAGAGUAUAUUAAAAACAGAGUGUACACUGAAAAACGAGCCACCAACUUGAAAUAUGACCCAAGAGAGGAGUAGAGAAUUGGCUCUGUCAUUUUAUAAUAAUCUUGUGACAUCCAGUCUGGGAAGAUCGUUGGUUCUGAGAUGAGCUCAGACAGCAUCGGUAUAUAUAAUCUCACGACACACUUUCCUCUUCUUUCAGGCCUGGGACCCUCAUUCAAGUUUGGGGGUACACAAAAGAGCACCCAAGGAAGGAGGAGCUGGCAGAACAACCACAUUAGAAAAACAAUUUUGUACAGUUUAUGUUUUUAAUGUGUAAUAUUUGAUACGACCAAAUAAUAUAUGCAAUAUACUUGUAACUUAAAUAACAUGAUGGUAAGAUGGGCACCAGUGAACACAUCACAUGGAGAAUAAACUAAACAUGGCCAGUUCUUUUAAAGAUUCCUGUCUGCCUUCCACCUUCCCAACCCCCUGCUUUCUGCCAGGGAUAUCUCAUUGUGAAAUCUGUGCUUACCAUUUCAAUUUGCUAUUGGUUUUAAUAUGUAUUUUUACAUGUAAAACCACAUAUAUCUCUAUGCAUCUUUAAACAAUACAUAGUCUUGUUUAUUCUAGAGCUUUAUAAAAAUGGUGUCAUACUCAAGUCUUCUGCAAUUUGCCACUUUCAUUCAAUAUUAUAAUUCCCAGGUUUUACUAUAUCUAAAUGUAUUCCUAAAUAAUGUAUUAUUUAGGUUUUUCUGAGCUGUAAAAAAUUGGUUUCAUAAUACAUAAGUCCUUGCCACCUGCUGUUAUUACAUUGCAAUUCAUACAUGCUCAUUUACUUUCACAGUUGUAUAACACUGGCAUGAAUAUAUCACAGCAUAU